AUGGCUCUGUCUCAGGGACUACUGACAUUCAGGGAUGUGGCCGUAGAGUUCUCCCAGGAGGAGUGGGCGUGCCUGGACCCUGCUCAGAGGGCUCUGUACAGGGACGUGAUGUUGGAGAACUACAGGAACCUGGUCUCGCUCGGUGAGCACAACUUCCCUCCAGAAUUCCGCAGCUCAGAGUGA